GUGUUCUCUCUCUCUCUCUCUCUCUCUAUAUAUAUAUAUAUAUAUAUCACAUAAAAUGUAAAUAUCAUCGUGAAUUGAUUCUGUGCAUCAUCAGGAUAUACAUAGGAGAUUUGAAAUAUGGGCUACUGCUGGGAGUGAGAUUCCAGAAUGGAUGAGCCAUCAAAAUUUGGGGACUUCAAUAUCCUUUGAGGUGUCUAAUGACUGUUCGGGUUGUAGGAUCCAAGGAUUGGAUGUAUCUGCAGUUUUUUCAGCUAAGAAAGACGUUGUACACUUCCGUUCUCUCGCUGUAAUUUGUAAUAAAACCAAAGACAUUCAAUGGAGGCCUGAUGGAGAUUGGCAACUGAUCACAGAUCCACUUCCACUAGGUCAAGACUUAUUAUGGGUUCGCCAUAUUACAAUUCCUGAGCUUUGGGGUUUCUCAGGACGCGAAGUUGGAUUUGGAGAUCACUUUGAAGUGGGCGAUCAAGUGCAGUUUUCAGUAGAAAUUGAGGAGCUUUUACCGAAAAAUAAAGAAAUUGAGGAGGAUUUUCUCCCUGGAAGAAGUUUCCAAGUGAAGAAGUGUGGAGUCCUGCUUGUUCACAGGCUAGAUGAGGAGAAGAACCUUUCAGAUGAUCGAUCAAUGGUGGAAUACGAGCUUGCUUCAGAUGAUGAUGUUGUUGUGGAUGGGGAAGAAUCAGUUUUGGUUCAGAUUGAAGAUGGUUUUUCCGGCCAAGAAAAGGGCAAAUGGAUAAUGGAAGUGGGGAAUGACCCUCCCCCCAAGCGGCCUCGGAGUUCCAGUAUAGUGAUUCAAACUUCCGGCGAAACCGCUCAAUGCUCGGUUGUAAACGAGGCUCCCAACCACGAGGACGAUUGUGACGAGUCUUCUAGGGCUCCUUGGUACUGAGGACAACCACGCGUGGACUCCUCCCAAGGACAGAAUGGAGACAGGAGAUGAAGGCGCCAUUGCUAUUUCUGAGGUUGUGAAGCAAUCCCUUGCAUUGGAGGAUUUCAGAUGCUCCUCUAGUAGUGUAGGUUCUGAAGGAGGGAUUGACCUUGGAGAGGCACUUGGAACAUGUACUCAUCUGAAGAAGCAGCUUGAUCUUUGAGCAAAGCUCUUUCAGGGUGUGCAUGUCUUACAGAGGCUUAACGGAGCUACCUGAACCUGGAAGAUGAAGGAGCUACAGCUUUUUCUAAUGCUUUCAAAGAAUCUGCUCCAUCACUUGAAGUUUUGGAAAUGGAUGGAAAUGACCUCACUGAAGAAGCUGCCUCUGUAUAGCCUUUCAGGCCAUGAAGCUAAUAUCUCUAAAGAAAAAGCAUUAAAGUCUUGAACGGACAACUAAGACAAUAUCAUUCCAAGCUAAAUUCAAAAUCUGGUUCUUCAACUGGCUGACGGUCUUGACUCUUGAGCCUGACUGGUGUUGCAGUGGGACCCCCUUUGAAUACCACUCCUUCACAUGUGUUGGCUUCUUUUAGCCCCUACCAAGGACAGGUAGAAAUCGUCUGAAAUUCUCAUCUCGUACAAUUCCAUACAAUUCCACCUUAAACGGCUAACACGUAUAAUAUUCUAUAUUUACAGUUCAGAUUAAUCAAUCAUAAUACAAGACGGUUUUUUCACUGGUUUAACAUUGUAUUAUGGUUGAUUAAUCUGAACUGUAGAUAUGGAAUAUUACAGGUGUCAGUCAUUUAGGAUGGAAUUGUAUGGAAUUGUACGAGAUGAGAAUUUCAGACGAUUUCUACCCGACAGGGUCUGGCAAAUCCAAAUCCAGGUAUAUUAUGCUACCUGAAAUCUGCAAAUUACUCGAGUCCAUGUAUCUCUCUAUUGGUGAAAUUAUUUUCUUUUUAUUUAUUUAUUUUUUGAUUUUGGUGUUAGUAUUAUGGAUAAUUCAGUGUCACUAGAGAAGGUGAAAGAAAAAGCAAAGGAAGAUUUUGAAUGGCAAGGAUCCUAUCGAUUGGAUAUUGUUUACAAAACAACAAAGCCUUGAAAGUUGGAAGGUUUUGAUGGUUAAGUGACUCGAGGAUGGGUCCUGCAAACCUAUGUUGGAGAGAAUUAGAUUUCGUUUAUAUUUUUGUGAGAAAGAGGGGUAAUUUAGGUAUUUAAAAAUAGUAGGAGAGAAGAAAAAGUUAAAGUUAAAAACAGGGGAGUAUUAGAAAAAAAAAUGUAAGAUCUAGGAGUUAUAAUAAAUAUAGAUUAAAUCCAAGAGAAUAAUAAUUUAAAGAAAAAAAAACCCGGAUUCGUCUAUCAAGAAACUUUCGGUCC